ACAAAGUGCAAGAGUCACCACCAAGUCCUGUAACCCGAUACCUUAGCAGAACUCGAACGGCAAUCAGUUUACACUUGAAACCCUGACCGAAGACAUCCCCGUGCCGAAUCCAUGGAGCCUUUCAAGUUGCGCUGUACAGGCUCGUUUCUUGGGCGAGAGGUUGUGUGAAAAGGGAGGAAAGGAAAACUGAAGCUUCGGUUUUCGCUCAUACGCGCCACAUUCAUCUUUCGGUCCUCAGUCUGACAUCUUUACUGAACGUUGUUGGAUACGACGUGACGAAUCUCCUUGGGAACAAUGGCGUCUCCUCAAGUUGGAUCGGUUCCGCCGAAACUCUCAUUCGCAAAGGUUGCAGCAAUGCGUGCGCCUACUAAGCCCCUUGCAAGCUCAAAUGCCGUCGACGACAAAAAGCUCCGAUCCAAUGAUGGAAACAAUGUGCGCAAAUCGGAGGCGCCUGGCACCUACAUAUCUCCAACUUCACCACAUAGAGCAGGUGAACCACAGUUGGCGAAUGUCGAAGGACGCACUCAAUCCGAUUAUGUGACCAAUGCCAUCCAGAAUCUAUCGUUGGUCAAUAGCACCAAUGUUGCGCCAGUUGGACCUCAAAGUGCAGAAAGCGGAGAGUCUCUGGGGGACGAUCAAUCACACCUUUCCAACUCCUCAACUAAACAGCAAAGCUUCGACACGAAAAGCAUGGCAUCUGUUACAACAUUCGCAAUGGACGAGAAAGAAAGCAUCCGUCCGGAUGAUAGCGCCAGUGUCAGAGCUGCCGAGGACGACGAGACCUCCAAUGCACCGGGCAGGGAGCUGAACUUCAUUCGUGAUAAUGAUUCUCUUGCCGUCUCUCGUCCAUACAUUAAGCCUCCCACAUCCGGUGUUACAAUUGCUGCUCGUCGUUAUCAUACCUUGACGAUGACCAACCCACCACGUUUUGGAGACCUUCCUGCUGUUCCGAUGGUCCAGGAGGAGCAUGAGCAAUCAAUCCAGACGGAGAGUGCAGUAUCUCAACAGACGGAGGCGCAUGAGCGAGCGCCUUUUCUCCCGGUCGCUCCAGACGAAAAGUUGCUUGACGCGUUGGCAAAUCCAAAAGACCGCUUGCCCUUGUUGCAACUGGAAGAGAUCUUUCUCGGCUUUAUUGCGAAGUCUGAGAGCGAGUUUCUUGAUCUGCCCCCGCAAAAUGGAUAUGCUAGGUUGCUUGCCCACAAACUCGCCGAUUACUAUUCGCUCGCCCAUCAUAUCAAUGAAGAUGGUACUUCAAUCCGAGUCUUCAGACCGUCGUCUGCGUCUCUGCCGACUCCACUACACAUCCUUGCGCAGUCGAUUCCUGCUGGACCGUCGCAGCCGCCUUCAGCCAUGGCUGUGAAGAUCAUGCGUAGGGCGGGUUUGGGUCGUAGGCAAGGCUCUGCUGGAGUCAGCACGCAACUCAGUUCCUCGAAUCCGUCAAAGGCAACCUCGGAAACCGGUCUGGAGUCUACCAGUGAGGAAGGAAUCUUAUAUGCCAUUGAAGGCACACCAAACAAAGACAAGUCCAAACUUACGAGAGAAGAACGAGAAGCGCAGUACAAAGCUGCCAGAGAGCGUAUCUUUGGUGAUUUCCAGGAGUCAGUGACGAGCGAAAAUGCCUCGAACGGGGAUAAUUCAGCCAGCAUGUCACGGUCAAGUUCCUCAAGCGGUAAGAGAAAGACCCGGAAACACAAAACUCCCAAAGAUGAUAGCUUCGAGGCACGCUCGGCGUUCAUUCCCAGUUACGCACCUAUGGCUAUACCAACCCCACAACAUCAGUCUCAGCCUCAGUAUCAAGAUCAGAUGUAUCAAGCACCUUACCAGGGUCCCAACCACGGAUAUGGCGCUGGCAUGAACUAUGGUAGCACACCAACGCAAGCUUAUCCGAACUUUGAGCCAUCUAACCCCUACAACAACAACAUGGGAUAUGGACCCAACAAUAAUCAGCCGUACAGUCCAGCCGAUUUUUGGUCCUCGGUGCAGACUCCUUCUACGAACGGCUAUCCAAACUAUUCUGCAUCACCACCAAAUUACCAGCAGAAUGUACCUUCAAUGAUGGCACAGAUGAACAACCAAUACAUGCAGCAACCACAUUCAGGAAUGCAACAGUCGCAACCUUGGAUGAACAAUCAGUUUCAGGCACCUUACCACCAGCCGUCGGGUCCAGGUGGUCCACAUAUGAAUGCCUGGUCGGGCUAUCAGCCCAACUCAGGGAUUGCUAAUGGAGCAUCUUUCGGAUACGGGCAACUCGGCGGACAGGGAUACAACUCAAACACCCCGUACAAUGCGCCACAUUUGGGUCCAGGUGACCCUUCGAGGUCCUUGUUCAACCCGCAGACCCGGUCGUUCGUCCCGAGUAACGCCACAAGCCGUAACGGCGGACGCAAUGGUAGGAAGAAACCAUCACCCUCGUCCAGCCAAAAUCGAGCCAACAACAACGGUCCAAGAUCCUUUGGAACGGAUGCCCCGAGUAUGGCCGGUCUAUCAGCAUCUGGGGCGAACUUCGUGCCCAGAGAAGAUUCGCUGCAGCAAAAGUAUGGGGCUCCCGCUCAUCUUCCGAAAAAGCCUCCACCGUCGCAGCAUCCUUCUACCUAUGAAGUGGAGACCCUCAGCAAUGGGCCUGGGGCUUUCCCGUUCAAUGCUUCGGGUAACGCGACUCCGGGUGGAUCGUCCUCAUAGUUUCAGCACACGCAUACCCAGAUUCAAUUCGAGCACCGGCGUUUUAGUUAGCAUGACUUGGCCACGGAGUCAGGUCCAGGAUGGAACAUGGAGUUUUACAAGGCGUUAUCAAAAAGUCAAGAUGGUUCGGGACAACUGAGCUGGAAAUAAAAUUCAGGCAUGGCACGAGCGGUUCGACCAUGACAUGAGACAGGAUCCAUUUGCAUUGUAUGGUGGACCCGGGAAAAAAGGAAAGAGACGCAUAAUCAUCACCAAAAGACCUCUUUCACCAAACGCCAAGGAAGAAAGACCUUGGUGAGAAGGACAUCAUGUACGAGUCGUUUGCCAUUGUGAGUGUGUAUCGUGAGCAGCAGCAGA